CCACCUCUACCACCACCACCUCUACCACCUCUACCACCUCUACCUCCACCACCUCUACCUCCACCACCUCUACCACCACCUAUACCUCCACCACCUCUACCACCACCACCUCUACCACCUCUACCUCCACCACCUCUACCACCACCUAUACCUCCACCACCUCUACCACCACCUAUACCUCCACCACCUCUACCACCACCACCUCUACCACCUCUACCUCUACCACCUAUACCACCACCACCUCUACCACCUCUACCACCACCACCUCCACCACCUCUACCUCCACCACCACCACCUCCACCACCUCUACCACCACCACCUCUACCACCACCACCUCCACCACCUCCACCACCUCUACCUCCACCACCUCUACCACCACCACCACCACCACCACCACCUCUACCACCACCACCUCUACCACCACCACCUCUACCACCUCUACCACCUCUACCUCCACCACCUCUACCUCCACCACCUCUACCACCACCUAUACCUCCACCACCUCUACCACCACCACCUCUACCACCUCUACCUCCACCACCUCUACCACCACCUAUACCUCCACCACCUCUACCACCACCUAUACCUCCACCACCUCUACCACCACCACCUCUACCACCUCUACCUCUACCACCUAUACCACCACCACCUCUACCACCUCUACCACCACCACCUCCACCACCUCUACCUCCUCCACCACCACCUCCACCACCACCACCACCUCUACCACCAACACCACCACCACCUCUACCACCACCACCUCUACCACCUCUACCACCACCACCUCUACCACCACCACCUCCACCACCUCUACCACCACCACCUCUACCACCACCUAUACCUCCACCACCUCUACCACCACCUAUACCUCCACCACCUCUACCACCACCACCUCUACCACCUCUACCUCCACCACCUCUACCACCACCACCUCUACCACCUCCACCACCUCUACCACCACCACCUCUACCACCACCACCUCUACCACCACCACCUCUACCACCUCUACCACCACCACCUCUACCACCUCUACCUCCACCACCUCUACCACCACCACCUAUACCUCCACCACCUCUACCACCACCACCUCUACCACCUCUACCACCACCUAUACCUCCACCACCUCUACCACCACCACCUCUACCACCUCUACCUCUACCACCUAUACCUCCACCACCUCUACCACCACCACCUCUACCACCUCUACCACGACCUAUACCUCCACCACCUCUACCACCACCACCUCUACCACCUCUACCUCUACCACCUCUACCUCCACCACCUCUACCACCACCACCUCUACCACCACCACCACCACCACCUCUACCACCACCACCUCUACCACCACCACCACCACCACCUCUACCACCACCACCACCACCUCUACCACCACCACCACCUCCACCACCUCUACCACCACCACCUCUACCACCACCACCUCCACCACCUCCACCACCUCUACCUCCACCACCUCUACCACCACCACCACCACAUCUACCUCCACCACCUCUACCUCCACCACCUCUACCACCACCACCUCUACCACCUCUACUCUCCUCCCCCGCCGCCUCCAUCUCCAACCCACAGCAGUUCCUUUCUGCUCCUAUUUUUAAGUACAAGUGA